AAACGCUGUCAAUGUUUUGUUAAAUAUUUAUGUUUAACAAUGUAUCCGCAAAGCUCACAAAAACGUUCUUGGACUUUUGCAAACGAAGCUCAACUACAUGCAUUCCGGGUGGAGCAAAACACCAAAUACAUCGAGGAGCAUCGAAGUGAAGCGCCAUUGCAAGACAACCUCGAAAAUUACUUUCUAACGCCGGCUGAAGAGAGCCUGUUGCUAAAGCAGUAUGAAAUUUAUCUCGUGGAAUUUUGCCGGCGUUUCGAGCCAACCAUGCCGAAAUGCGUUAUUGGGACUGCAUUUCAUUACUUCAAGCGCUUUUACUUAAAUAAUACACCGAUGGACUAUCAUCCCAAGGAAAUAUUAGCCACUUGCGUAUUUGUUGCCUGUAAGGUGGAGGAGUUUAAUGUAUCUAUCAAUCAGUUUGUUAACAACAUAAAAGGCGAUCGCAACAAGGCCACAGACAUUGUGCUCUCAAAUGAGCUACUCUUAAUUGGCCAACUUAACUACUACCUCACAAUACACAAUCCGUUCCGCCCGAUUGAGGGUUUCCUAAUAGACAUCAAGACUCGCAGCAAUAUGCAAAAUCCAGAACGUUUGCGUCCGCAAAUAGAUAGCUUUAUCGACUCGACGUUCUUUACGGACGCAUGUCUGCUGCAUACUCCAUCGCAGAUUGGACUGGCGGCUGUGCUGCAUGCGGCCAGCAAGGAGCAAGAGAACCUGGACAGCUACGUCACAGACCUACUAUUUGUGUCAGCGCGCGAGAAGCUGCCGGGUCUGAUCGAUGCAGUGCGCAAAAUACGUAUGUUAGUAAAGAAUUAUCAGCAACCAGAUCGGGAGAAAGUUAAGGCUAUUGAAAAGAAAUUGGACAAGUGCCGCAAUCAAAACAAUAAUCCCGACAGCGAACUAUACAAGGAGCGUUUACGUCGCUUAUACACGGAUGAAGAUGAUCUGCCCGCCGAGGAUGGUUCCUUUCACAUAGCCGAUGUCAGCUCAGAUGCCUCCGCUAUGAAUAUCAGCCAAUAAAGUUUGCUAAUUUAUCUAUGAAAUUACAAUACUCUAAAUGAAUAAUUCAA